GAUGGGAAGGCUUUCUGAGAACAUGGUGUUUGAGUCCAGCAUACCAAAGGAGGCAGAUGUCACUAUAGCUGUAGUUUAUGCUGUUUUUGGAUUUUGCUCUUUGCUGGGAAACAGUACGCUGCUCUACGUCUCCUAUAAGAAGAAGCGAUGGCUAAAGCCGGCUGAGUUCUUCAUCAUUAACCUGGCCGUCAGUGACAUGGGGCUGACUCUCUCUCUCUACCCACUCGCCAUCAUUUCCAGCUUCUCCCACAGAUGGCUGUUUGGACGGAUGGUCUGCCUGAUGUAUGCGUUCUGUGGAGUUCUGUUUGGUAUCUGCAGCCUGACGACGCUGACUUUACUGAGUCUGGUGUGUUUUGUGAAGGUGUGCUACCCUCUUUAUGGUAACAGGUUCACCGCCGCUCAUGGGCGCCUCCUGCUGGUGUGCGCGUGGACGUACGCCCUGGUGUUCGCCUGCUCUCCGCUGGUGCACUGGGGUGAAUAUGGGCCCGAGCCGUACGGUACGGCCUGCUGUAUCGACUGGCUCUCCUCCAACCAGCGCAGUGGCGCCCGCUCCUACAUGGUGGCGCUGUUCGUCCUCUGCUACCUGCUGCCCUGCGUCCUCAUCCUGGUGUCCUACACCAGCAUCCUCCUCACCCUCCGCAGAUCCAGGAGAACCAUGGAGCAGCACAUCCCCCCUCCAACUCGCCUGAGCAACAUCCACACCAUCAUCGUUAAGCUCAGCGUGGCCAUUUGUAUCGGCUUUUUCGCGGCGUGGAGUCCGUACGCAGUGGUGUCCAUGUGGGCCGCCUUCGGCCAGAUCAAAAGCAUCCCCCCGCUUGCCUUCGCCAUGCCCGCCAUGUUCGCCAAGUCCUCCACCAUCUACAACCCCAUCGUCUACCUGCUGCUGCGGCCCAACUUCCGCAGGGUGGCGUGGCGUGACCUGGGCUUGCUGCGUCGCGCCUUUCUGAGACACUGCUUCUGCUCCAGGAUCCUCCAGCGUCCCUGCAGACCCGAGACCCUGCGGACGCUGAGAAAACGAUCCUGCAGACCCAACUCUGUCCACGGCGAGCUUCCGGGUUGUGGAGCGAAAGGACGAGUGUGUGAAAAGUGCAGCGAUGCUUUCGAGUGUUUUCGACGCUACCCCAAAGCGUGUCAGCUGGAGACCAUGGACACUGGCACCACUUCAUUGAAGUGUCCACUAGCGGGCGCAGUAAAACCGCUACCCACGGAGCUCAAAAAGCAGCAAAAGUCCACAAAGAAGAAGCCGUUUAGAGUCAGGAUUUUGGGCAAACGGAAAUCAGAGAUCGAACACUUCAGGAUUAGCUUGGAAACGAUGCCUGGACAUGCAAAAGUAGCUUGGUGACCAUUAACUGUACUGUACUGUUUGUGCAGGUGAUUACAUUAAUACAUUUCACGUCUCAUUGGUCACUUUAAAGCUACUUUUGAAAAGAUAGCAGAGCCAACAGAGCAGAAGAAGACUAGAAGAAGAGUUCAUAACAUACAAGGGUUGGACAAUGAAACUGAAACACCUGUCUUCAUUUUAGUGUGGGAGUUUUCAUGGCUAAAUUAGAGCAGCCUGGUGUUCAAUCUUCAUUAAUUGCACAUUGCACCAGUAAGAGCAGAGUGUGAAGGUUCAAUUAGCAGGGUAAGAGCACAGUUUUGCUCAAUAUAUUGCAAUGCACACAACAUUAUGCGUGACAUACCAGAGUUCAAAAGAGGACAAAUUGUUGGUGCAGGUCUUGCUGGCGCAUCUGUGACCAAGACAGCAAGUCUUUGUGAUGUAUCAAGAUCCACGGUAUCCAGGGUAAUGUCAGCAUGCCACCAAGAAGGACCAACCACAUCCAACAGGAUUAACUGUGGACGCUGUAAGAGGAAGCUGUCUGAAAGGGAUGUUCGGGUGCUAACCCGGAUUGUAUCCAAAAAACAUAAAACCACGGCUGAUCAAAUCACGCAGAAUUCAAUGUGCACCUCAACUCUCCUGUUUCCACCAGAACUGUCCGUCACCACAAUAAAUUACUGUGGUCUAAAACCAGGUGUUUCAGUUUCAUUGUCCAACACCUGUACUUAAGAAAUUGCAGCUUAACAGAAGGGAGGUGACUCAUUGGUCUCAUUGGUCACUUUAAGGCUACUUUUGAGAAGAUCAUGGUCAUUGUGAAGAUAUUCCACAUUGUAAAUCUGCCUUCCUGAGGAGUGAAAUGUUUUCGUAAGACAUUUAUAUUUGUACUGGACCAUCCUCUACUGCUUCCAAAUUAAUUCUUUCAGAGUAUCUUGGAAAUCUCAACACAUGCAAUGUUGAGGACUCCACUAACUACAGUAACAACAAGGGCAUUACUAUACUG